CUAACUGACAGAUGAUACAGUUAAAGGCAGAUCUGAUCUGUGUAUUUUUUGUUCAAUUGAUAUCCAGACUGAAACAACAGAAGACUGAUAAUAAUUUCCAAAUUGAUAGGCACACAGUAUAAGUAUAAGUCAUGGCAUCAUUGGUUGCGUUUACACAAAUGACACAAUACUAAUCUUUUUCCACUAAUUGGUCUUUUGAACAAUCAGAUCAGCUCUUUUUUCAAAAAUUGGUCAAAACUUCAGAAUUGGUCUGCCUGUGUAAAUGCAGCCAUUAUGUAUCAGAUGAGUUGUUCUUAGCAGUGCACCUGUCUGAAAACUCAUGCAUUGCUCAUUGUUCACCCUUCAUUGAGUUCUUAUUUAACACCACUAUGCUUUAUGAAUAAGUCAAAGUGAUGUGGUGUGUAUAGGCUACUGGUGCAGACAAGAACAUAAUGGGGUUUAUGAUGCUAAUUAUAUGGGUGUAAAAUAGAUGUGAGCAAUUCACUUUCAUUUUCUUGUUUUCUGUAGAUCACAUGGUCAAAUAAAGGCAAGAGGGGAGUUGGGUGGGAGACUGCAUAGCUUCUCAGAGUGAUAUGUCAUAGUCAGAACGAAAGUGAAAGACGACUUCAAAUAUUUACAUUGUCUGCAUACUGGUUGUUAUAUUAUACAGUAAGAUAUGUAUUUUAUUGUCUGUUAAAUGAUUAAUAAAUAUGUUUUCCCUGUUCACUCCCCUUACAUAUCUACAAUGGAACACAGAGAGGUGCCAAGGUUGAUGAGGUACUACACCAUCACCACCGGCAAUACUAUGGAUUCCCAUAUCCAGUUUACAAGACAACUUGGAGGAGGCUUCACUGAAGUGAUGUCACCAGAGCAGAGUGAUAUCAUCAUGGCUUUCUGUCCCAUCGUCUCUCGUGCUGGUACUGAUAUUGAGGCAGCACUGCAGCAGAUUCCAGAGGGUAAAGAUGUCAUUCUGGUAGUCCUGCAUCAUUAUUUUAACCCAGACUGCACUGUACCUGACAGCAGCAGACUAGUGACCAGAAGUGAUGUAAUACUCACAGUGGACUGUCUGUUCCAUGAGAGUAAGGGAGGACUACUGAACUGUCCUCGCAACAAAGCAGCAGUUGGUAACAUUCUGAACCGGCUGAACAGGAAGCCAAAGGUGGUAGAUAUCAGUAUGGACAUCCCUGAUCACAGAAACAGUCCGCAUACAUUUACUCGAGAGAUGUCAGGGAUGGUGAGAUUCUUCAUAUUUGUGGUUGGCAAUACCUUGGGUGCUCAUGUGGAUUUGACAAGACAUCUCGUCAUCAGAGGAGGCUGUACUGAAGUGAUUUCACAAGAGGAGAGUGAUGUCAUCAUGGCUUUCUGUCCCAUCGUCUCUCGUGCUGGGACUGAUAUUGGAGCAGCACUGCAGCAGAUUCCUGCUGGUAAACCUGUCAUUCUGGUAGUACUGCACCACACCUCCAACCCAGACUACACUGUACCUGGCAGCAGCAGACUAGUGACCAGAGGUGAUGUAAAACUCACAGUGGACUGUCUCUUCCAUGAGAGCCAGGGACUAUUGGAGUGUCUUCACAAUGAAGCAGCAGUCAAAGAGAUUCUGAAGAAGCUUAAUAUACAUCCUGAGAUGGUGUGUUCCAAUGUCCUUGAUUGCAUCAGGGCAGACAGGCGUUGUUGCCAGAGAUCACCAUUUGCAUGUGUUGGGCUCAUUAUGUUUCUUCUUCUUUUGUGUUUGGUGGUAUUUUUGAUUGUUUUUUUAUAGAAAGAAACAAUGAGGUUUAUCAAAAUAACCUAAUGGAAAAAGAGCAAGUAGGUCUAAACAGCAACAGAGGAAUAAACUGUAGAAAUUACACAGACAACACAGAUAAACUGACUUAAUUAUACAUUAAAAAUAAUGAAUAAAGCCUAAUAAAGCACCUACUCUACCUACCUCUAUCUAUCUAUCAGGAUAGUAUAUUAGUUUAAGAUGGCAUGAUGCUCAUGUAAUAUUGUAGGACUACUCUGAUAGUAUAUUCUGUGUUGUCACUUUGUUCUGCUUUGACUGCCCUUCUUUUAAAUAUUAAAGUCAUUGAAUUUCA